UUCUUAAUACUUUUUUAGUUAAUCCUCAAUUUAUUUUGCUGUAAAAUUUAGAAAAGUCUGUACUUUAUUUAUCAGUAUUAAGCCGAAAAAUCCGGCAACAGCGCGAAAAUAGCUUUCCAUCUGCUGCCCUCUUUGUAUUGGUUUUUGGUAUCUUGGCUUGUUCGGUUCUGAAUGUGCGCGUUUAUGUUGAACGCGUUGUUGAAUUAGUUUCGAAGUCGAAUCUAAAAAGCUGAAGUAGCGUCAUAGUUGUGUUUAGUUGUUUGCCACAAAAGGAUAUUGGUUAAAAACCGGUACGAUGGGAGAAGGUCUCAGUAAAGCUGUCCAACCGGAGGAUUUGGCUGUAUUCAAAAAAUUACCAGCGAAUCAUAAUUUGCUGGAAAACAUCCAAAUUCCAGAAAAGCCCGAAAAUAGAAGACCAACUGAUCGAAAGUUUCUCAUUGUAUUUAUAGUAAUAGUAUUACUACUAUUUCCAUUUUUGAUAUAUACUUUAGUUAACUCAGACUGGGACCGAAUUAGAGGAUAUGAUCAAUGCGGAAAUGUUUGUGGCGAAAACAAUACUAAAUAUAAAGAAUGGCCUUGCACAGGAAAAGAUGAAACCCAUAAUGUGUACUUGCAAAUUGACACUACCGAUGAUACCAAAACUUUCCAAGAUCUUCUAUUUUAUCCUAGAAAAUGCGUUCGUAGAUGUGAUUUCGACUACCAUCUGUCAUUUGGGAAAUGUUUCAAAGACAAAAGUGAUUCAUCAAGAUAUCCAAGAGAUGUAGAUGGCGUAUCAGAAAAGGUUGGCUCUAAAAGCGUAUCCGAAUAUCUGAAUAAAGUAGCCUGGAGGAUUGUUUUGGCAUGUGCUUUAUCUCUGGCUGUUGGAAUAGGAAUGUUGGUUCUUUUCAAAGUUGCUACAGCGGCUGUGGUUUGGGGAAUGAUAGGAGGUGUUCUUAUCUUUGGUGGCAUAGUUACAGGGUUAAUGUGGUAUGGAUACUUCACUGCUGACAAAUGGAAUCAGAAAGAUCCAAAUUCCAAAAAAAUGUUAUUAUUUUUUGCGAUUUUCCUCACAGUUGUCUUACUGAUUCUUUUUUGCAUCACAGUAUUUAUGUUCAGGAAGAUUCAAUUGAUUAUUCAAUUAUUUAAAGAAACCACUAAAGCAACUUUUGCUAUGCCAGCACUGAUAUUUGUUCCCGUACUUACAUUCUUAGUGGAACUAAUAAUACUAGUACUAUUAAUAAUAACGACAUCAUUGAUUUAUACAUCCGGUAUAUUAACAGAAAUAGCUCCAGAAUAUUUAGCUUACAAAUCAAAUGUAGUAAUGCAAAUUACAUUGAUCUUAAACAUCAUAGUUGCAUUCUGGGCUACGCAGUUCGUUAUUGGCGUUCAAUAUAUGAUCAUUGCUGGAGCAAUAGCCAAAUGGUAUUGGGCAAAGAACAAGAACUUUUUGGACAGUCCCAUUGGUACAAGUGCGAAGGUUGCUUUCAAAUUUCAUUUAGGCAGUGUCGCAUUUGGAUCUUUGAUCAUAACUAUUAUUGCCAUCAUCCGAUCUAUUUUACAAUCUCUCACUAAAAACAAAGCUGUCAAAGCUGUUGUGGAUGCUUGUAUUGGGGCUCUUGAAAGUUUUCUCAAGUUCUUAUCGAAGAAUGCGUAUAUUUUGAUUGCUAUGCAUGGUAAACCCUUCUACAAAUCUGGUAAAAGAGCAGCUAAGAUCAUUUUUCAAAAUGCCGUUAGCAUAGUAUCGAUUAAUUAUGUUGGUGACUUUAUUUUGGGAAUGGCACAUCUGUUGGUCAUAUUGAUUUCUAUGAUGAUCACUGUUGGAAUUAUGACCGGCGCAGACACAGAAUAUUCCUUCAUUGUAUACCUAAUCGUAUUUUUAGUUUCACUCUUUGUUGCAAUGACUUGUUUCUCAACAUUUGAGACUGCUAUUGACACAAUCUUCCUUUGCUUUUGUGAAGAUAGUCUUCUAAAUGAUGGCAUGGCCCGUCCGUAUGCCAUGUCUCGGGAUCUUAUGGAAUUCGUAGAGAAUUCAAAGAAAUUGUACGGAGAGAAAAAAGAAUAAAACAAACAUAUUUAAAUAUAUGUUUUGUUGACUCAACAAAACUAAUUUAACACAAAAUAAUGCACUAUUGUACAACGAACAAUGUAAGCUAAGUAAUCUAAAUGUUUUUUGGACGAGGUGUAUUGUAUAUUCUGAUACAAUAUUAUUAUGUACAAAAUAACCAAAAUUGCAAAGAACUGAUAUUAUUUUCACCAAAUUUCCUAAAUACUUUAUUGUAAUGAGUAAAGAAAGAAACUACAAAGUGUCGAAAAAUAACAUCAAUUUGACACAUACCACAAAGUAAUAUUUCCGGCUUCAAAGUAUUAUUGACUGAAAAUUGAAUUUCCGAACUGCAUCUUUUAUCCAUAAUCUUUAGAAUGUACAUUUGACGAAUGUAAAUUAACGAAAUUUUUAAUACAAACUUAUUACUAAUAAUUAGUAAAAACUAUGGUAUUAAAAAUAAUCAUCAAUAGAAAAAUGUUGAUAAUAAAAAAUUAGAACACCAGAUUUGUGUGCCUUUUAAGUUGGAUGGAUGGUUGUAACCAUUGACUGUUGUUCAAAUGUACAAUAAUUGCACUUGCACUGCUAACUACUUUUGUGUACGGUAGUAAACUUUGAUUUAAUGUGACGCGAAAUGCCUUAUUUAUUUUUUGCCUUCCUUCGAAUUCUCUUUUAAUUGCUAUUAGUAAAAACAAAAGUAGUAACAAUGAUAGUCACUAAGUUUAUACUAAAAGUUGGAAAUUAAAAAACUAGACCAUCAGAUAUAUGUGCCUUUGAAGUUGUUACCAUUGAUAGUAGUUCAAAUGUACAAUAAAUGGAUUGUUUUAACACUCUUCUAACUAUUUUUAUUUACAGUAGAGAAACUUUAACAAAUAGUGUUAUUAUAAUGCUACAUCAUUCGUUGUUUGCCCAUAAACUUUUAUUUAAUGAUUUUUUUAUUAGUAGGAAACAUGAUUAUCAACAAAAAAAUGUUAAUCUUGAAAAACCAGAUUUCAAUAAUUGUCGGUUGUCACUAUUUCUAGUAGUUCAAAUGUACUACACUAUUUUUUCAUUUAGUAGAGAAAUUCUAAUUAAAUUUACAUUUAGUUAUUAAUUAGUCAUACAACCAUUAAUUUUGAGUCAAAUUGUUUUAUAUCCAAUUAACAAAAUAGUUCUCUUUAUCAAAAAAACCUCCACUAAUUACAUAAUAAAAUUGUGGAAAAAAAGUGCCAAUAAAGGAAGGGUGAACUGUCACUCAGUGAUGUCUAUGUAUAUCAUAAUAGAGGUAUAAGGGGUGUAACUUUGUAUUGGGGUAAUUACACUGGCUUAUAUUUAAAAUAUUUGUAAUUUUGGUGAUUUUGUACAACACAUCGCAUUUAUAUAUAUAUAUACAUAUAUGAAUUGAAAUAUGUUUUAAUUUUGAAGUCUUCUCAGGAAUUAUAUUUUUAUGAACAAUUUAUUAUAUCUUUACUUAUAAAUAUAUAUAAUUUACAAGCAUUGAAUUGUCAAAAGUAAAUAUAUUGAAUAGAUAUUGUUUUAUUAGGUAAAUAAAAUUGUAAACUUAUUAAUGUGUUGGUAAAACAGUGUCUUCCAAAAAUGUUUUAAUCAAUCACACGUACUAUUGAGAUUAAGGCCCACCGCUCAAGUUGCAAAUGUUUUGAAAAAAAAGUUGCAAACCAGUUGAUCUUGCAUCGGUUUGGCCAACUCGGUAACAUAUAACAGCGGGGAGACGCACACUAGGUGAUUGAUUGCAAAACUGUUGCAAGCUCAACUGGUUUGCAACUUUUGUUUCAAAACAGUUGCACUGUGGGCGGUUGGCCUGAAUUGUUGAUAUUGGUAUAUAAAUGUUUUUGAUGUGGCUUUUGCAUUAUCUUAUUAUUCUGGUUCCUAUAUUGGAGCUUAUUGUUAAGCCAAAACGUCCGAUGUGAUAACUUUGAGACUAACGGAGGCAUUGUGGAAGACUAGUAUUUUAUAGUCCAGUUAAAUAUAGAGUUCAUAGUAAUAAAUAAGUAAUUGAUAAUGAUGCGCCACUGUGAUAAGGGCCACUUUGAAUCACAUAACUCUAUUUUUCAGCUCUUUGGGAAUUUAUGCAAAGGUGGACUUUUAUUUUGACUGGGCUAUUGAAUGAUUUUAAAUUUUAUGGUUUUGGCAGCCUUGAUUGUAACUUUCGCUUUUAUUUGUAUACAUGUUUGCUACUAUUUUAGCUUUUAUUGUCAAAUGUGUAUUUGUUACUCAUAUACAACAACAUUUUUUUUCAUUUAGAAUUAGUUUUAAUUUUUUUAUAUAAGAUGUUCUUCCCAUAUUUUUGACAAUAAUGGCGGACUGAAAAAGAUGUUUUAUUUCAGGACACCUUUUAAUUUUUUUAUAUGUUCACUUGAAUAGUUUUGUAUAUUCAAUAAAUUUCCAAAUAAAGUUCUAAUGUGUGA